AUGUUUCUCUCUCGUGCCAUAACCUCUAGAAUAGUAUGUCGCUCACCAUCUCUACUCCGUCCCACGUGGAAGGCAUUCAUGAGCACUGAGAUCCGUAAGGCAAUCACCGAGGCUGUUGCAUCGGCGCCCGUGGUUCUAUUCAUGAAGGGCACUCCAGAAUUCCCACAGUGUGGGUUCUCAAAGGCUACUAUAAACCUUUUGGGGAAGCAGGGCGUUGACCCAGCCAAAUUUGCGGCGUACAAUGUAUUAGAAGAUCCAGAGUUGCGCACGGCCAUUAAAGAGUUUUCUGAUUGGCCCACGAUUCCACAACUGUAUGUGAAUAACGAAUUUGUAGGUGGAUGCGAUGUUAUAACAAGUAUGGCGAAAUCUGGCGAGCUUGCUGAUGUGCUGGAAGAAGCAGACGCGUUAGUGGCGGAAGACGAGACUCAAGACGAAACCCCAGAGAAGUGA